ACGUCACAGGCAAGGGCCGCCAUUUUGACUGAGCAAUCCCAGUGACAGGAGCUGAAGCAGCAGCGCUGGUUGUCCCGUUUCCCCUCCCCCUUCCCUUCUCCGGUUGACCUCCCGGGUCCCCCACACUCCACAGUCCCGGUCCCACCAUGUCCCAGAAACAAGAAGAGGAGAACCCUACGGAAGAGACCGGCGAGGAGAAGCAGGACACCCAAGAGAAAGAAGGUAUUCUCCCUGAGAGAGCUGAGGAGGCAAAGCUAAAAGCCAAAUAUCCAAGCCUAGGACAAAAGCCUGGAGGCUCCGACUUCCUCAUGAAGAGACUCCAGAAAGGGCAAAAGUACUUUGACUCAGGAGACUACAACAUGGCCAAAGCCAAGAUGAAGAAUAAGCAGCUGCCCAGUGCAGGACCAGACAAGAACCUGGUGACCGGUGACCACAUCCCCACCCCCCAGGAUCUGCCCCAGAGAAAGUCCUCGCUCGUCACCAGCAAGCUUGCGGGUCUGAAAUGAAGGUUACGGGAAAGAAAUGACACAAGACGUAAAACCAUUGCCUGGCUGAAAUGGAAGCACAUAAGGGAGGCGGAGUGUUCCCCGGGCCUUGGGCUCUACCUGGAAUUUUCUGGAACUUCCCUGGUGGUCCAGUGGCUAAGACUCUGUGCUCCCAAUGCAGGGGGCCCAGGUUCCAACCCCUGGUCAGGGAAGUAGAUCCCACUUGCCCCAACUAAGACUCAGCACAGCCAAAUAAAUAAAUAAUUCUUUUUAAACUGGAAUUUUCUAAUACCAGAUAGAGAGCAGGUACUUCCACCCGUGAAAAUAGGUAAGAUUUCUCUUCUUCAGCUUGAAUUUAGUGUGGAACUAUGUUCCUACAGGAAGUCUGAGUUCUUCCCAACACACUGAGGAAAAUAGAAGAAAACAUUAUUAUGUACCUUGCAUUUUCACCUCUGUCCUAUGUCACAGAAUAGACACUGCUGUCCUAUUUUUACAGAUUAAAAAAAAAAAACAAAAACAUUUGACUGAAAAAAGAAAGAUGAAUUCUAAACUGAGAAUUGUGGUUACAUCUGGAAGGGAAUUAGAAGAAUGGAAUUGGAGGUGAUUAUCAAAGGAAAUUUAGUCUCAUCUGUAAUGUUUUGCUUUUGUUUACAAAGUAUUUAUGUGUUAACUAUGGGAUUAAAAUUAAAUUUUGAAUAGUAAGACUAUUUUAAAUAGUAAGACUAUUUGACAAACUUUUAAUGAAGCUCAGUAAAGGUAAUUUAUCUAAGGUCAUUUGAUAGUUACAGACUCCAGGGUCCAUGGCUGCCUACCACCCCCAUCCCAACCCAGAGCACAUGUCCUGUGCACACCCUCAUAGAGAGCUAGGUGUGGAGCCAACAGGGAGUCCUGAGCUUUCCCUCUCAAGGGCAGUGGGGUCAUUGUAGUGGACCCUAGACCUUAGCUUGCUUUUUUUUAUUUUUAUAUAUCACUAAAGGGUAGUAUAAUCAAACCAUGUCAGACCAAGUUGAUGACAACCCUAUGACUUGGUCUGUGGAGUAUGACUAAAUCACACAGACCCAAAGGGAAUAGGGAAGGAUGUAAAGCAGGAUUGAUAAAGGAGAUUAUGUUUUGCACUUAAGAUUUUAAUUCGAUGUUUCAGCUGGGGUACCAAGAUAUAAUAGAUACGAAAUUCCAAAGGGUGACACCAGACAGACAUGCAGAGGUUUAAAGGAAAUUACCAAGGACCAGCUCUGCAAUUCUUGAACCCUCUUAUCCAUUUUAAGAGUAUAAAAAGUGGAGAUAGGGUUUACAAGGGAGAUUUCUUUGGAGAGAGCUAGAACCCUGUUGUGAGUCAUAUCCAAUCUGGGGGAGAAGGUGUAGGCAGUACUCCCCUCUUUUCACUGAAGCAUCUGAUGUUUGUUCCUGGGUAAGAGGUAAUCAUUAGACUGUGUGUGACUCACAGGACAGGAAUUUCAAGGCAAAAGUUGGCUAACAAGGGAGUCUGAGGUAACAGAGCUACAUCUUGGAAGUAACUGCACCCCCUUCUGACAAAGGGUCAAAUAUACAUGAAUCCUGGGAACCAAGUAUGGAGCCAGUUUCAAUCCUGCUCAAGAGAACUCCCGGAAACAUAGUGGGGCUCUUAACAAAAGGUUCUGUGUAGAAUGGACCUCUGGAAAACAAAAGGAUGAGGGAGUGGCGGCCAUAGAAAUAUGUUGUGUCAGGUCACUUAACUUCAGGGAAGCUGAUACUGCCCUUGGAGGGCCCAGCAGGAAAUCCUCUGAUGGAUCCACACAAAUGCCCACGAGACAGUGGGCUUCCAAUGUCAGGAUGAGAGCUGAAGCCACCAAGAACUUUCCUCCCACUUCCUUCUGCUUCCUUCCGGGAGGUGUCAGUGUCGGCAUCUAGGAAGUAGAGGAGAAGCCAACUACUGCCGUUCCACAAAGCCAGCUUGCCAGCUGCACUGGUCCUAACUGUGGCGGGGGUGGGGGCGGGGGUGUGGAUACACUCUCACCUAUAAUGAAGACUGAUGUGUUUGUUCAAAUAUUUCUAAAUCAUGAGUAUGUUCUGCUACUACACAAUUGAACUUUAAUUUUUAUUACAUCCCUUCAGUUGGUACUUGUUAAACAUUCCAGCUAUCAUAUUUGUAGUUAUUCUAUGAGACAUUUAAUUGGCCCUCAUGGAAUGAGAUUAUUCCUUCCAGUUUGUAGUCUGAAGUGCUUUUGAAGGGCUAAGAUCAUCUCCACAGUAAAGCUACUCAAAAGAAGGGAGUUUUAGGGACUUGGGGUUUGGUAAAUCUGGCUGAGACCAAGGGAAUUUAAAAUAGGCUCAAAGUCAUUUGGGACCUUGAGGAUCAACUAGUUCUAAUUCCUCCUGAAUUAAUCUUUUCUGCAGUACCCUGCCAAGUGAUCAUUUAGUUUUUUUCUUGACUAACUCCAGUGUCUUAGAAUAUACUACCAUCUUCACCCUCUUAAAACUCAAGUAUGUGAGGACAACUUCUCUAUAGAUCUCAUUUCACUAGUGUAAACAUUCUCACUUCCUUCAGUUAUUGCUCCUUGACCCGGAAUGGACUUCUGGCAUCUCCCUGACUACUUUCUGGAUGAGUUCCAAUGGUAUCAGUAUGCGUCUCUAAGUUUGGUCCAGAUGUGACCUGACUGAGGCAAGAAGAAAUAAACCAUCACCUCCUGGCUGUAGACUUGGACUGUGAGAGAGCCUUGGUCCUCUCAGGUUUCCUUCAGUUUGCGCCCUAUCACAUCGUUGACUCAUUAAAACUAAAACCUAGAGGUGUAAUGUUGGGGAUGAAAUAGAGUUGUUUUAUUU